UCAAACACAAUUCGAUCGUCUGCUCAGUUUGUCGAUAGGCAAUCGCGAAGUGAAAAGUGCUCCCACACGAUGCGGUACGAUUUUCUAGCGACGGAAUCAAAGUCUAAGCGGUAUUUUUUACGCAGUUGUGUGACAAAAGUGAUGUGUGUUUGUUAAGAAUAAUUAAUUUAAUUUAAGACUUUAAAUUCAAUGACCGAUCUUUCAACAUGCCAGCUCAAUUGUGUUUAUGUAUGAAACGAUUAACAUAUUUGUAAGUUUGUGGACUAAAUGUUGGUUUCAAGUGCGUGUUUGAAGAUAUAUUAGUCAACUAAAUGUAUUGACGCGUUAAACCAUAACAUGUCAGGCGAAUGGGAUAUAAAUGACGCCCACAUACCAUACGUCCAGGAUAUCAGCUACGAUAAGUUCUACGAAUGGGCCGACGGUCACUGUCGCUACAUCUACUCUUCCACAGAUGAUCAAGCUCGAAAGCAUAUAUCCGGCUGGGCGAUGCGAAACACAAACAAUCACAAUGUAAGCAUCCUGAAAAAGAGUUGCCUCGGUGUGCUGAUAUGCUCGGUACGCUGCCGGCUUCCAAACGGGAGCCAGAUACACCUGCGGCCCGCUAUAUGUGAUAAAGCCCGCAGAAAGCAGCAAGGAAGAGCGUGCCCUAAUCGGAACUGCAAAAACGGUCGCCUUGAGGUACUACCCUGUCGAGGCCAUUGUGGAUACCCUGUCACUCACUACUGGCGGCACACAGAUCGAGCAAUUUUCUUCCAAGCUAAAGGCACCCAUGAUCACCCGAAACCGGAGUCAAAAACUUCCGGGGAUACAAGAAAACUGUCGAGCGUUUGUACGAAAACAAAAACUAAAAAGCUAUCUGUAUUACUGCUGAGAGAUGCUGCUUUGGGAAACAAGCUUUUGCAAUUGAAGAAUGGUAGCAAAACGGUAACAAGCCCUUCAACAGAAAUUUUACAACCACCUCCGCUUAUACCAGACUCCAGCGUUGACAAAUCUAAAUGCCGAUCCUGCCUAAAAAUGCAAUGUGCUUGCAGGAGUACCAACGCUAGUUGCGAAAUCGCUAAAAGUUCCAGUACAGUUAGUUCCAUUCAUGCUUACACUGACAGUAGUUUCAGUGGUAAUCAAGUUUCACCCUGGCCAUGUCAUAUAUCAAACAGCCACUACUACGACGGUUUGAGUGGUACUAAUCCUCAGAAUUUCCCCAAUUGUUCCGGAGGCUCAAUCGAUAGUUUUCAGCCAGACGAAAUCUUUCAGUUGGAUCAACCGUUGCGAAAUAGUUCACAGCAAACCACUACCAUCAUUCCACCGGCAACAACAUUGCUGGAUCUCGGAAGUGGCGCAAUAUACAAAAAAUGCAAUCAAAUCACUCCGGAGUACAUUAUUGGUAGUGCAGCGAACACAUUCAAUGAAAAUUACCUGAAUCAUGCAGUCCCUUGUACAAUGUCUCCAGGUUUUGAUGAAUAUUCUACCAAAAGUUUACAAAUGCCCUGCGCACCGGAUUUAACACGUAUCAUUAAAAAAGAAGACAGCAUCAAAUCUUUCGAUUACAAUUUUGCUCAACGGACACGAUACGACUGUGAUAGCAAUCAAACAAGUUGCAAGAAAGUUGGCAAAGCCAUUAAUAUGUAUUCCAAUAACAACAAUAGUGCUUGUAAUCAAUACGUAAGGAAUCCGCAAAUCCCGUUUAACCAGAGUGACGAAACCAGCUACAGCUUCCCGACUGAGUCAGGUACUUAUCAGCAUGGCUACAAUUUAAAUUACGGAGGGCCCAGUGCGGCCAAUGCGAACGUGGGAAACAGCUUUUCCGAUGACUGCUACCGAUAUUCCAACAACGGGUAUCCUAAAACUACUCUUGUAAAUUCCAGCCAUGUAACACAAAUUCAGCAAAUGGGUCCUGAAGUUUCUAUUGCUUCAUACGAUUACUACUGAAUAAAAGUACUAUUAAAUGAUAAAAUAAAAAUGGCUGAUUUAGAAAAACGAUACCAAGU